AUGGCUCGCUAUGAAAGAUUUGAUAAUGAUGCACCAGCAUCAAAAUUAACUGUUGUUACAAGAUCAGAUCUUCCAAAAGAUUCAGAACAUAAUGAAAAAAUCGAUUUAUUUGUACCAACAAAUCAAUUAUUAUCAGCCGAAGAAGAAACAACAACUCGUCAUGCACUUAUUACAUUAAAUAUUAUUUCAAUUGUGGUUAGUACAGUUUGUGGUUUAAUAACAUUUUUCUUAGCUGUAGAAGAACAAUCAGCAUCAGCACUUGGUUUUGCUGUUGAUACAAUACUUGAUGUAUUAGCAUUUGUAACUAUUAUAUGGCGUUUUACAAGUACACAUGACCAAGUUAAAAGAGAAAUUUAUGUAUUAAGAAUUUUAGCAGUACUAUUUGUUCUUUCUGGUCUUGGUGUAUUCAUUGAUUCAGUAGUUGACAUUCGUCAUAAAAUUCAUCCAAUACCUAAUCAUUAUUUAGUUGUUGCUGUUGCUAUUCAAACAAUAAUAUUCCUUUGUUUAGCAUUUGGUAAAUAUUCAGUAGCAAAAAAAUUAAAUGUUAUUUCAGCAUAUUCGGAUGCAUUUAAUACUUUAAUAUCAGGUUUAAUGGCAUUAUCUGUAGUGAUUAGUGUAACAAUUUAUAAUUCAAAUCAAAGUGUUUGGUAUUUUGAUCCAAUUGUAGGAAUGUUUAUAUCUGUAACAAUAAUGAUCUAUGGUUUUUGGAUGGUUUUUAAAUCAUUUCGAGGCAUAUAA